AUGUCAAGAAAUGCUGUCGCACGUUUGAAAGUUGUGCCUCGUUACUACAUCAAUGCCUGGGAGAAGAACCCGUACAAGUGGCAGCAUCACAAGUACCAGCGCGUUCGCCAGCGGCAGCGUGGUAAAUGGUGCUACCUUGGGGGUCCCAUGAGCGGCGUCCAGGUACCAGGCUGGCCCGAGCCUUCGCUCCUUUCGCCUCGGGCGCUUGUGGACACUGCGCAGCGCGCGCAAGUCGAGCGCUUGGAGGACAAAGUCUUCUGGCAGCAGGUCGCCGAGCGGACAGUCCAACUGCGCGACAUUAUGGACGUAGGUGACCUGGCUGUAAUCGUGGACACGCUCCUGACAGCAAACCACCGCCACACCCACCUGAUGAAGACCAUCUCUCGAGAACUGAUUGAUGAUGUGGACAAGCUAUCCCUGGUGGAGACUGCCGUGAUCUUGAAUGCGUAUGCCCACUUUAAUUGUGUGAGCGAGUUCAUGCUCAAAGCCUUUGCCGAGCAUGUGACCCGGCUGCUGUUCGAACAGCCCUAUACCACUGUGGAAGAUGCUGAAAGGUACGGAGCUGCAGCUGCAGACCCUCAAACCCUGGCUGUUCUUUGCAAGGCCUUCGCCAGCUUGCACUACAAGGACUCCGAGAUGCUCAAAGCAGUCAACUCGGUCCUACUGCAGCGAGUAGAGGAUUCUGCCUUCGGCUCCGUGGCAGAAGUGCUGACGGCAUUUGCAGAGCUGGACGAGCCGUUUGAGGCUCCGAUCGAAUUCUGGAUGGCCCUCGCCGGCAAGGUCCCUGGCAGCCAAAUGCGUUUCCUCUGCCCGACGCUGCGAGCAGCACAGCGCCUGGAAGUCGCGGAGCCGGCCUUGUACGAGGCACUCGGCCAGGAGGUGGUGGCCGGGCUGCAGGGACUGCGCACGAACGCCCCGCUCGAGGAUGCCAUGUCGACGCCUAUGCCGGCUUUUGCCGAGCCGCAUCUGGUCACGCAGCUCUCCGGCAAGGAGCAGCCAACAGAAGCCGCGUCUGCGCCUGCAGAGGACCUCUUGCAGGACGAAAAGGACGUCGACGAAAGCUUCCAGGUGGUGCCAGUCGAUGCUGUCAUUGAGGAUGGCUUCGUCGAGGAGGGCAUGCAAGAUGAUGAGAGCCCUGCUGUGCCGAAGAGAAAGAGGAGGUGGUGGUACAAUGCUGUAACACGCAAGCUGGACUCCACAGCCAGCGGCCUGCCCGAGGUGCCGUACUUCGCCCCGUGGAAUCCAGACGAGUGCUUCCGAAGGAACCAGCGUGGCGCGCGGGUUGCGCAGGCUCUUGAAGGGCUGGAUUCGUUGCAGCGGGCAGUUGCGAGCAGCACGCGCUCGCCCUCAUCCCCAUCGUCAGGACCAUCUGCUCCAGAAGAUGAGCCUGCAAAGCCUGUGGACGUGGAGCUCUUGGAGAACGCCCGCCCGCUGCUAAGUGCCUCUCUCCAGGGGCUGUCGCCUGCACAGUUGGCACUUUGCGCCGAGCGAUUUGCCGACGGCCGAGGCCGCGGCACAGCAAAUAUCUUUAGGCUACGUAGAAGAAGAAGAAGCGCUUUCUCCAAGCCUACCAGAAAGAGAGCAAGAAAGGAGGAACGAAACACGUAA